CACUAACGCAGUGAUCGAAUUCGAACGGAUAGAAUAGUGUGCAAAGGGGAAAGUUUGCUUUCUUCAGAAGACCGACCACUUGUUGGGCUUACGAAUAGUUUGAUCUUGAACAUUAGAAACAGGAUAUGUGAAAUUACGUCAACUUUUGGAAUUGAAUAGGUUUAUUGAAAUAAAAAUUAAACAUAUGCCCAGCUGUCACUUAUCAAAACUGUAAAAGUAUAACGAUGAAGUGGUGUUUCUUAUUAUUUGCUAUUGUAGUGGUUUCAGAAGCAGCAAAAAGGAACUCUGUAUCCCGAUUUAGUAGACCUUUGAAAUCAAGUGCUCAGAAUGGAUAUCUAAAGUGGCUUCAACAAAACACAAACCCUUUAAAAUUGCCAAGUGUAGCCAAUGGUAUACAACGUGUAAUAAAACGAGGAAUGAGAGAUUUAAGAAUGUCUUUUAGGGGAAAUAGGCCUGCUGAAAAUCCUCCUAUACGCCAGUCAUCUCAUCAUGGACAAAGGCCUAUUAAGGCCUUUUCCCAUCCAAAACUUCAGCCAGUACUGCUUUCGGAAGUACAGUCGCAACAACAGCAACGCUAUUAUCCAGCCUAUGGUACCAACCAUAAUUCAGGGCAACAGAAUAUAAGGACACAGAAUCGGUACAAUCAUCAGGAACAGCCAAGACUUCAACCUCCAAGAAGACCUAUGCGCUUACCAAACAAUGACGGAAUGCCCAGACAUCCACCCAUGUAUAAUUCCCAGAAUCCUAAUAGCGCAGGACAACAAAGAGUGCCAUUCCGACAAAGUAGCGCAGCAUCCAUGCCUGUUCCCUCCCUACACUCAAAUCCAUCGCCGAAUAGAUUCUCUCAGAAUCUUAAGGGAACGCCUAUAAAUCCUACUCCUCAAAUGCAUGGACGUCCAAAGAAAAACAGGGUAAUUGAUGUCUAUCACCAUAUACCAGUUACUCAAAAGCCGAACUAUAAUAUGUACCCAAAUGUCCCUCUACUUCCUGAGACACAACCAUUGGUUAGUUCCCACAGCCAACCAGCAAUUCAAAAGUUUCCAUCUCAAGCAAACAGGCCAUUUUCUCCAGGAUUUACAUCCUCAGAUCCUAUAAAACAGCGACAUAAUUAUCGUCAGUCUCAACCAGGAAUAGCUCCUCAAAGAUUUCCAGGAUCAGAACAUCAAAAUGGUAAUAGAUUCCCGCCAAGAUCGUCUCCUGAAUUGUAUAAAAAUAAAAAUACAAACCAGAGAUUUCCUGUGAUUCCUCCUCCAAACUUUCAUUUUCAAAAAGAGAAUUCUUUCGGACAACAUAAUCCAGUUGGUCAUGUGAAUAAUCAUCCAAAUAUUCCAAAAGUAAAUGCUGAAACAUUUGGCAUUGAUACAUAUGGUGCAGAAGAAGAUGAUGAUGACCAACAUACAAGUGGUUCACAAAACAUUGAAGAACCUCAUUUGCAAAGCAAUAAUCCAAAGGUUCCUCAUAGAGAUUUAAUUCGAGAUGAUAAAUUGAGAGUUGUUCACACAGUUGAAGAAAAUCCUUUAAAUAAAACAGAAACAGUGAAAAAGUAUUGGGAUUUCCGCCUAGAAAAUUUUGGUCUUCCUUCGGCACAAAUAAAUAAACCAACGGAUUUACAAAAAUCAAAUAUUUCUUCCUCCCUUGUUGUGAGUGAUCAAACUCAAUUAUACCAAAAAGAGAAACCGAUUGUUAUGCCUGCCAUAAAAGAAAAUAUGAACCUAGAACCCAAACUUCCAAACGGUUUUAGUGAUUUAAUUCGUACAAUCAAACCAGAAAUAUUGCCAGCAAUUAAUGAUGAAAAAACUUUGAAAUAUAAAAAUAUCUCAAAAGAAUUUUAUCAUAUAGAUAACAAACCAAAUCUGUCUUUUGAACCCAUAGUAGAUUUGCCUCCUCAGUUCAUGUCCAUUGAAACAAGCAGCAUAGAACAAAGUACAAAAAGUUCAGUUGGUUUAGCGAACGUUCCGGAAUUGAAGAACCAUAAAAUGCAUUCUGAUCACAAUAAAAACAAUGUUGAAUCUAGUUCGGUACUUGAACCAAUUAUAAGUUCAAAAUCCGUGGAGCGUAUACCUAUAUUAGUGAUGAACGUAUCCAAUGAACAUAAUUAUGCACAGAAGCCAAAGUAUUUACCUGAUUCUCAGCAAAUUCAUAAUGGAAAUAUCAAUACCGAACCUGCGUUAGAGUGGAACCGUGAUAUUAAAUAUAUACCAGCUGAAAUAUUCAGGAAAAAUUCUACAAUGAAUAUACAAAACGAGUACAAAAAUGAUAAUAGUUUAAAAGACUCCUUCAGUGAUGUUGGUUCUUUCUCAGAUCAUUCUGUUGCACCUUUUGGUAUUAAUGUACGUAAUAAAGCCCAGUUUCAAAAAUUUGAAGAUAUAACAACUUCUUCUGAAUAUCCGAUAGAUUUAGAAAAUGAAAACAGUGAUGCUGAACCAAGAAAGUAUUUUAGAGGUCCUCAACAUGUUAUCAACAAUUGGACCAUUUUUGAAGAGCAUCCAGUUACAAAUUUCGCUUAUCGUCGACUUAUUUCUACCAGUAUACCUUAUUUUAGUUCUUGGAUAGCCAGUGCAACAACGGCUAUGCCACACGAAACAUUUACCAGACAUACGCUUCAAGACAAUAGCCAAUCCAUGUCUACGCAUAGAAAAAUCAUAAAUGCAUGGAAUCUUGCUAAUAAAGUACUGGGACGAAGAAACAAUACGAGACUCUUAUAUCCAUCUCUAGCUUCUUCUACAGAGAAACCUGAAUUUAAAAGACUUAAAUUCACUUAUUCAUCUUUGCCCCGAAGUUCAGCUGAGAGCGUAUCUGAUGUCUCCAUCAAAAAUAGUUCCAAAACAUUUUUCAAUUUUAAAACUGGUACAACACAAAGCAUACUGGACAGUAUAAUUUCAGCAGAGUCAAAAGCUACUGCAAAUUAUCCAAUAUCUAGUGAAUUACCGUUUGCUGAUGUCUCAAAAGAAUUUGAAAGGACAAGUAGUCCUCCACGCUCUAACGAAAGAUUCAGUUUUAAUAUGACAUCAAAUGGAAACAGAGCACUGGAACGAAUUAAUGCUCGUCGAAAUCAAAGCAUGGCUUCGAAAGGAGACAAAAGGCCGUAUUAUAUCAAUCUAAAACCAGUUACAAGACCAUACUCAUCAAGCAUAACAAAUUCUCCAGUAGUUGUUUCUUCUGAAAAGAGUACAAAUUCACCUUCAAUGUUUUCAGUUCAGAUGACGACUAAGUCCCCUACAGUAUCUUCUACUCAAAAGUACACAAAACCACCUGCAGUGCUUUCCUCUCAAAAAUAUACAAAUCCACCUGCAGACUUUUCCACUCAAAAAUACACAAAUACACCUGUAGAACUUUCCACUCAAAAGCCCACAAAUCCUCCUGCAGUGUUUUCAACUCCAAAGCACACAAAUCCACCAGCUGUGUUUUCAACUCAAAAGUAUGCAAAUUCACCUACAGUAUCUCCCACACAAAAAUACAGAAGUACAGAAUCUGAACGUAAAAAUAAGUCUCCAAUGCUUGUCACAGAAAGUACUAUCAGAAAAUUCACACUAGUGAAACAUAAACCCGUGUUUUCAAGUUCAACAACAUCACCCAAGAAAUUAUCAACAACAGAAAGGACACCAUCUACAAAAACUUACAGAAAGAUUGGUCUUUCCACAAUGUAUGCUACACCUACCACAGUGCCUGGUCUCGGCACAGCAUAUGAAGAUGAAAUAACCACUCUCCCUAGUAUUGAAAGAUUCUCAACAGAAUCUAAUGCAGAAUCGGUAGCAUAUGCUACGCUUGAGGAAUAUGUUAAUCCAACAGAAAUAGAUGAAGUGGAAGUUGCGACCGAAACAGAGAAACAUUAUGCGACCAAGUUCUAUGCGACUUCUUCACCAAAUAAUACUAGUAUUUACGAAACUACGACCGAAAUGAUUGAUCAGGAACAAUUAAUUGUUGAUACUCUGAGAUCUACUAAAAUAAAAAUGCAGGAGAUGAUGUCCAAAGGCCUCCGCCACCUCCUGCCCAUGGUCAUGGGUUUUAGUUCUGAUAUCAGCCUUUCCAGUGACUGCACAUUUUCUCUUCUUAGAUGGCUUCGAGGAAUCAAAGGACUGGAACAAUGGGCUGUAAAAAUGAUGGAUGCAUCAAGUAAGAUUCCUGAAGGAAUUCUUUUUGGUACUUUCUCAACUUUCGGUUCUUAUGAUGAAUGUAUUGCAAUUGAAACACCUGACAGAAGUUCACAAAUUCAGUUUAUUGGCCAAUAUUGCUCGAUAAAUAUUCAACCCAUUUUACCUGAAAAUGAACGUCAGUUUACUAUUCAUAAUGCUUUUAAAAGGUAUCCAAAGCUUAAGAAAAUCCUUCAGGAAAUGAAUAUAGAUGAAGAUACUAUGGCAUAUUAUUAUAUUUUAAAGCAUAGAAUUGGUUUAUGUAUUCCUUCAACUUGCACUUAUGAAGAUGUUCUAAAUGUUACAGAUAAUUUGGCUAGUCAUCUAAAGAUGAAAUUAUCUAUUGGUCAUUGUGAAACAUCUGAGAAGCCCAAGUUUACAAAAGGACAAAUUAUCAGCAUGGUUGGAGUUUUCACUGCAUUUGCAAUAGUAAUUGUAGGAACGACUUUAGAUUUCUUCCUUCGUCAUAGGUUGGAUCUUGAUAUGGAUAUUGAAGAAAUUGUUAGAAAAAAGAGCAUCUUAAGACAAUUCAGCUAUGCGUUUUCAGCUUAUAGAAAUGCUUGCAAAAUUCUGAACACAUCAAUACCAUCUAAUCAUGUUUCUGCAUUGCAUGGAAUAAAGUUUUUAAGCAUGACUUGGAUAAUGCUUGGUCAUGUUUAUUAUUGCAAAGAUUACUUGACUUUAGCUGGUCUAAAUCGAAUUCGUGAUCUAGGCUCCAAUUUAGCUUUCCAAGUAAUUCUGAACACAGCUUUUGCAGCUGAUACAUUCUUCUUUUUAAGUGGUUUACUUGUUGUGUAUUCAACCUUCCAAUAUCUUGAAAACUCAGAUGGAAAAUUUACAAUUGUGGGCUUCUAUAUAAAAAGAUAUUGCAGAUUGACUCCAGCAUUCUUGAUGAUUUCGGGUGUCAUUUUAUUGGGGCCAUUAAUUGGCAGUGGUCCUAUAUGGAAUGAAACAUUGGAACCAUUUGUGACUGGCUGUGAGAAUUAUUGGUGGACAAAUCUUUUCUAUUUUUCAAAUUUUAUUCCAACAGCCAAAACAUGUGUUCCACAUGGUUGGUUUCUGUCUUGUGACAUGCAAUUUUAUCUCAUAUCUCCUGUUGUUAUUCUUGGAUUGUAUAGACGACCGAGGAUGGGAAUGCUACUUAUAGCAAUUGGUAUUAUAAUAUCUAUGGUUUCAGCAGGAUUUCUCACUUAUCUAUAUGAUUUACCACCAGUGUCUUUAUUUUCUCUUCCUGAUCAGAAAGACAUCAAUGAAUACUUAGAUACAAUGGGAUACAAGCCAUAUGCACAUUAUGCUGCAUAUUGUAUAGGAAUGGGCACUGGUUUUCUUUUGUCAGUGAAACAAAAGAUACCAAUAUCAAAAAUUAUUCAAAUAUUUGGUUGGAGUUUUGCAGUAACUUCUUGUACUCUAAUUGUUUAUGGCACCUGGGAUUGGAACAGUGGCAAUUUACCUGAUUGGCCUAUAUCAGUGGCUUAUGCUACUUGCAGCAGAGCUGUUUGGGCCUUAGGAAUUGCAUGGUUAACAGUAAUUUGUUUUGCUGGUUAUGGAGGAAUUAUAAAUAACAUCUUAUCAUGGCCUGGAUUCAUUCCACUAAGUCGUCUUUCUUAUUUAGCAUACUUAAUACAUCCUCUACUAAUGUAUCUGUAUGCCAGUUAUGUUAGAAGUCCAUUUUAUUUUAGUCAGUAUGUUGUGGUUUAUCUUUACUUUGGUCAUUUAUGUGUCACAUUUGGUUUAGCCUUCCUUUUCUCUAUUACAUUUGAGCUGCCAUUCCUUAACCUUGAGAAAAUAAUUUCAAAACGUUUGGAUCAAAGUAGAAGGAAAAGAAGAGCAUCUUUUACUCAUUACUAUCCUAACUGGCAGCACCCAGAAUAUCCCGAAAUAAAAGAUUCUGUAGUUCUUAUGCGUAGACGGACAGACAGAUUUAUUAAUACAUAAUGUUUUCUUACAUGCUCAGCGAAGAAUUACGGGGAGUGAAAUCUCCAGUUAGUUUCUACUAACAACUCAAGUGCAAGACAGAUUGAAGUUCACAUUUCUGAUUGUAUUUAUUACUUCAGUUUUUUUUUUUGCAACAAACCAGCUAAGAAAGUCCACAUCAAUGCAUAUGGACAUUUUAAUGCUUAAUAACUAGAAAGAGUAUCUGUCUUUUUAUUUUAUAACCCUUUUUCACCAUCAUUUAAAUAAUACAUAUUGUUCUCAUCCUAUUUUUUUAAACCUUAAAAAUGACCAUAAAAUGAUGUAAGGUUUAAAAUUGUUCUGAUUUGUAUAUCAAGAUCCUUUUGUAUAAUUAGGAUUGUAUAAAAGGAUCUAAAGAGCAAAAAUUUAUUUACAUUUUUUUCUAUACCUAAUUUCAUAUUGCAUCAAUAAUGCCAAACAAACAUUUUUGUCAAUUUUCAGGAACUGUCACUGGUUGAUUAGUUAUUUCUCUUAACACAUUGUAAUAAUUUAAAAUUAAAUGGGAGCUAAAAGAAUAAACAAUAUACUGACAUAGUUCACCUUUAAUGCAUUGCUGAGUGAAGGAUCCUUUUUAAAAAUGUAUUUGUGUGGUUAGCAAUUUUUACUGAAAUAAAAUAAGAACCAGAAGAAAUUUUCAAUCAACGUAAAAAUAUCAUUUUUUAAAAAAAUUUGUUAAAUAAACAUUUAUUAAUGAGAUAAUGCGCAAGUAUAUGUCAUCUAAUAAUAAAAAGCUGAGCACAAACCUUUACUACAUUAGUUCACAAUUUGUCAGCCUUUUCAUAAUCAUUUGCAUGUUUUUAAAUGUGAAUGAUGGCAUUAUUGGUGAAUUUACUUAUUCUAAUUCAUUUAUAUUCUCAUCAAAGCUAUCAUUAUGGUAGGAAAAACACUGCCAGCCUUUCAAGCUUUCUGUUUAGUUUUCAGUUUUAUUGAUUUGGAUACAUAGUUCUUAAAUACAUGUUCAUUAAUUAUUUCUGCAAUAUGAAGGUGUUUUUCUGUGAUACAAAAUAUUUUAACCCUUCAUUGAGACAAACCUUAACAAAUACAUUUCUACCAAACUGCAGAUUUCAAACUGUCAUUUUUUUUUUUGGCAUUUCACUAUUUUUUUCCUAUUAGAAGUGUGUUAUUUUCUUUCAUGUUUAUUUAGGAUUAAGUGUUGUAUAUUGUUUAGAUGAAUUGUUUUGUAAAUAAACUUGUGUUUAUGUCACUCAUCUGUUUGUUUUGAUCACAUAAGUAUUGUACAUUUAUGGAAUAUUUUUGUAUCAGUCAAUAUUGUAACAUUUUUUA